CUCUUCCCCGAGCAAUCGCCCUCUAUCUGUGCCACAAAUCACAAAUCCGUUUUUUAUCCACUCAUUGACAAACCAUCUAUCGAUUGCCACUAUUAAUAAAAUAGAAUAGAAUAGUUUAGUCAGAGUAAGGUUACGUCAACAACUACCACCAUGAAGUUCUUUCCAAUGGCACGCCGAACGGAGGAAUUUGACGUCCCUCAUGAUCUGCAGCUCAUCAUGGACGACAUUAUGGAAACGGGCCAAUUGCAGUCGCAACUUUGUCUGGAUGUGGAUGGGGACGGUUCGGUGGAUGGCGGUGAUAAUGCUUCAGUCUGUUCCAACGGAACCUUUAUGAGCCACCUGUCCGCCAUUCGACCAUUUCCCAAAAUACGACAACGAAUCGGCUUGGUCGUGUCCCUCCUCUUGUUGGUCGGAGCGGCCGCGGGUGCCACACUGAUUGGCGUGGGUACUUCGUCUGCCCAGAAGGAACAACAGAAAGAGUUUGAACGUCUGGCAGUGGAUGCCGCCAACCAAGUCGACGUGGCCUUGAAGGACUACCUGCAGACGGCACUGUGGGUACAUCAGGCGUGUUUGCAACGAGAUACCAUGAAUCAUGUCGACUUUCGACAUGUCUAUCAAUACGUUGCAUCGACCGGGCUGUCGUUCCAAUCGAUUGGACUCGCACGAAAGGUCGUCUCCGAGACGGAACGAGCGUCCUUGGAAAAUCAAACAAGGGCAUUUCUAGCAGAGCAAUAUCCCGUGACUCCCUACAAGGGAUUUGUCGGCAAUCAGUUUGACCCAGCCAGUGGAGUGCGAUCCAUUGGGGUCCGAAGAUGGCAAACUUUCUACUAUCCUGCACACUUUUUGGAACCCUUGGAAGACCCCUUGAACAGGGCUGGACUCGACUUUGAUCUGUACACAUCCAACAAGCAACAAUACGCUCUGGAAAAGGCCAUUAGCACGUGGGAACCCGCCAUGUCGGCCAGAAUACAAUUUGGGUCGGAGGGCAAAAGUUCUCAUUACACUGUGACACUCUUGCAUCCCGGUAUCCCUCUUUCUUCUUCUUCUGAUUACAACAACAACGACACAUCUGUCCCCAUGGACUUGAGCCUCAUCACGUUGAAAGUUCAUCAUCUACUCUCCGAUAUACAUGUGGGUAGUGACAAGGAAACUUCUGCCUACCUAUUUGAUUCCACCGACCUCCUAAGCGACGACGAACAACCACCCUUCCUGGGUGGUGCCAAGCACUGUCCUCACCAACCUCUCGUCGUGCAUGACCAUGCAGACGAAAAUGCGCUCUUGCCAGAGACAGAUAUUGACAACUUACGACAACAAUACAAACAAAACAUUUACGAGACGAGGCUCUCCUUUGCCUCCAGAGAAUGGACCUUUGUCUUUGUGGCAGAUGAUGGUGAAUUCCAUGAUUCCACAGUCGGAUUUAUCUAUGUUGGCGGUAUCAUGGUCUUUGUUGCCUGCGCGUGUCUGGCACUCUGGCUCUACACCAACCACAAGAAAGUAUCCAAAAUCACCCAAGUCCGGUCCAACGCGGAAACCGACAAGGCCAGGCUCAAGAUUGACAAUGCCCGAAAGGCGGCCAAGAGUGAACGAGAGUUUACAGACUUUUUGGCACACGAAGUUCGGAACCCACUGGCUGCCUGUAUCUCCGCUUGCAGUUUUGUCUCUGCCACCGUGAACGAGGCCGAGCCACUUGUGACGGAAGAAUCCCGACAAUCUGCCCGUGAAGAUGUGGCGAUUAUUGACACUUCGUUGCAGUUCAUUAACGAUUUGCUUCGAAACAUGUUGGAUAUGCAUCGAGCGUCGAGAAACCAACUCAGCAUUGAUAUGGCUCCAGUAGACAUCUUGCGGGACGUAUUGGAACCGGUUGCCAACAUGGUGUAUCAUCGAGGUGACGACGUGAACGUUGAAAUCCACUGCCCCGAAGAUCUUUUGGUCAUGACAGAUCGGCUCCGAUUGAAGCAAGCAGUACUUAAUCUCUCCAGGAACUCUAGCAAGUUUGUGGAACAUGGCUUUAUCCGGCUGAGGGCAACCGUCAAUGAGGAUGAUCUAGUCUUCCUCUAUAUUGAAGACUCUGGCCCCGGGAUUCCAAGAGAGAAACAAAGGACCCUGUUUGCCAAGUUCCAAGAGUCUCUGGAUAGCUUGGCACAGGGUACGGGACUAGGAUUAAAUUUGGUGAAGAAGAUUGUGGAGCUGAUGGGGGGUAACAUUUGGCUGGACGAAGACUAUGACAGUGGGGUAGAAGGGUGUCCGGGGGCAAGAUUUGUCCUUAGUCUAAAUGUUCGACCGCUUUCCGAGGCAGUCUUGACCAAACAAGAUUCCAAACUCCAGCAAAUGGAUUACACUGCCGAGACAGAUCCCACAAGGGAAGAUUCCAUGAGCCACGACAUUUCAGCAGACGAGUUACCUUCUCCUCUUCCAGAUUCUCUCAAGGUACUCUUUGUCGAUGACGAUGUCAUGCUGAGAAAGCUCUUUUCCCGUUCGUUGAAGCGUGCCAUGCCAAACUGGCCCAUUCGAGAGGCUGCCAACGGGGAAACUGCUCUGAAACUUGUAGAAACAGAAGACUUUGAUUUGAUCUUCAUUGAUCAAUAUAUGAGUAGCGCAGAGAAGCAACUGCUGGGGACGGAGACGGUACGGGCACUGCGGUCCAAAGGUGUCACAUCCAUUCUGUGCGGACUUUCUGCCAAUGAUAUGGAGUCUGCCUUUUUGAAUGCCGGGGCUAAUGCCUUUUUGAUCAAACCCUUUCCGUGCAAGACGGAGGAGUUGAAGGAAGCACUCCGAAGGGUGCUGCAAAGCCAAGCCAGGUCGCAAAACUCCAUGCGGUCUCUGGCAAGCUGGAUGGAUGAGGUACCGGGGGGAUCUAUGGGCUCUGCUGGGACUCGUUGACGAUAGAUAGGAGUAACUCAACUCUAGCUAAUUAGCCAACGAAGCAUACAAUACCUUGCUGCAAUGGAGUAGGCCAGAGAGAGAUACCGUAGAGAUAGACUCAACUCGACUUGACUCCACCUCAUGUUUUGGGCGAAGCCCGGGUUUAGAGUAGGGAAAUUAUCUACGGAAGCCAGCCGGGGCCAGGCUUAAGCAAAGAACAGUCGAAAUUCAGGACUAGGUUCUGAGGGAUCAGGGGCAAGAAAUUGAG